AUGCGCCACUUCGACACCUGGGUCAUUCGAGACCCCUAUUCAAUCUGGCAUUACUAUUCCACCGGUCAACGAUGGCAAGACACCGUCCAAUCCCUAAUUCAGGAACGCAAGAUCUGCUCACCAACCAUGACCAAUGAGCCCCCGAUCAAUCCCAAACAACCCAUGAACUCUCAAAUCACCAGCUCUCUCCAUCGCCUCCCACCAGAAGUUCGUCAAAUGAUAUGGACCUACGUCUUCGGCUCAAACACAAUCCACCUCGUAACAAUCAAAAACAAACUCCGACAUGUCCGCUGUCCCGAAGAGAAUCCCUCUCUCCCUCAACACCGCCACUGCUGUCCUUUAACACCAGCCCGGUGGCGUAUCUACGACGGCCGAGUGCCAGGCCACUCAGAUCGACUACUAUACCCACACACCCACGAUCUUCUGCCAGAAAACCUAAGCAACAGCCACUCAGCCCUACUCCGUAGCUGCCAAGCCAUCUACGCCGAAGCAUCAGAUCUACUCUACCGAAACGCCACGUUCGACGUGGACGAUCUACAUACAUUCAUUGCUUUCACACAAAGCAUCGGAAAAAGGCAUCUAGCUUCCAUCAGACGUCUGACUGUGCAAUGGAUGCCAGUGUGGCAACCACUUUCCGGCCAAGAUCACAAAGGCUCCAUUUACGCGCAUACCCACAGCGAUGCACUGUGGAUCCAAUUCUGGGAUAUAGUAGCGCAAUUGCCGAACCUGUCCGAACUCAAAUUAAGUAUUGAUUUGGGCCGGUUCACGGGUAUGGUCUCGGGGGGUGGGGUGGUGGUUGUUGCGGGUGGACAGCAGCGAAUUCCGCUCAUUCUUACUGAGCCGUGGUUAUUGCCAUUGUUGAAGGUUCGGGGGUUGCAGGGGUUUGAGAUGGCAGUUACGGCGCGGUGUGAUCCUGCGGCGAAGGGGGUCCUGGAAGGGGAUCUGGUCAGGGAUGCGGCGUUGCUGAGGGAUCAGUUGAGGUGUGUGAUGUGUUCACCUGUUGGUAUGCCAUUGGAAGAGAUUGAGGGAUUGGGAUUGAAAGAUUUUGCGGGGGCUUUGGAGGCAUUGAGAGAGGUUCCGAUCAGGAAGAGGCAGCUAGCUAUUACUGCUUGA